AUGAACAGCAUCAAGAUACUUGUUUUUUGCCUUUUUGCAGUCUGCUACUGUUCUUUGGCUAAAGCAGAGCCACAUACAAUAAGGAAACUCAAGGAGGUCUUGAUUCAACUAAAUAGUUUAAGAAAAACAAUGAAGGACAACAGGCAGAUGGUGCAUUCUCCAAAGAACUUUGAGAGCUGCUGCAGCCUCAAAGCACUUGACUGUUUUCAAAAUGCUCUCAAAGAGGAUCUGAAUGCUUCAGAGUCUAAACUCUACAAAAGCCUGACGAAAAGCAUUACUAGACAAGGAAUAAAAUUCUGUGAUGAAAAAAAAACUCCAGAAUCGUGCCUAAACUGCACCUCAUAUUCCAAGGAAAAUCUUCCAGAAUUCUUUAUCAGGCUGGAGUCUCUGAUCCAAAAGAGCAUAACCAGACUGAGUUUAAAUAAGAAGAGAUGAGUACAAAGGCAUUGUGGGAGAGAACACACUACACUCAAAGAAGCUAACAGAACAAAUCUUAAUGUUGUCACCUUUUCUAAUAUUUAUUUACUAUUUAUUUAAUAUGUGUUUAACACAGUUGAUCUCUACAAAUGUAUUUCAGGGAAACAGCUUUACUGCCACCCUGUGGACUUAACAGUUCUUUGCUCUUUUACUUUCUAAUGAAAGUUAAUUUAUAGUAUAGUACAUAUAAUGACAUUUAUACCAUGUAUGAUGUGUCUUAUUACUAGACAGUGAGCAGUGACAGCAGCUAUACCAUUUAAACAAUAAAACUUUAGCUUUCUUGUUUAUCUGAAGACAAACUUUUCUAAAGAGUUUAUUACAGAAGUAACAUCAUCUAGGUCUUAUCAAAUGUGAAGCUCUGCUAAACAAUGAGAUUAAAGUCUAAAGUUUAUCAUCUGUGGACCUGCUUAACUGUUACCAAACAUUUUAAAACCCACUUCAAUGAAAAACAUGUUUUUGUAGCAUUUUUCUUAUGAUGGAGGAUACAUAUAAAAGAAUUUAAGAUCAAAACGGAGUAUUUCUGCAUUCAAAUUGUGAUACUGUGAUGAAUCAGGAUUAGAUGAAAACCCUCAUUUGAAAAAGCUCAGGUUUGUGACGCAGAAACUGCCAAGCGUCCCUUCUCUGCUUCAAUUCUGAAGCAUCCAGUUGCAGACAAAUAGAUUCAUGUACAUCUUUCUUUUCUGGAUCUGAGCUGGAAUCGGGAUCAACACUAUAUGGAUGAUAGCUCUGAUAUUACUCUGUUUUUGUUUUUUUUCUAUGCUAACGUAAACUUGGGAAUGUCAAAGGAAUGUUGGGAUAUUAACAGAACCAAUUUCCGCGCCAACAGUCCUGCCUACAACCUAGAGGCAAAUUUCUGAUAAGCUCCUGCUGCUCUAAUAAUCCAGUUUAUUUGUUGUGUACCUUUCAAGGAACUCAAGGUCGCCUUACAGCAAAAAGGGAAGAUCUCUGCAGAAAAUAUGUCAGAAAAAAUUAGUUUUUUAAAAUUAUUAUUACUAAAAACUGCAUAAUCAUAAUUAAAAGACCACUGGGAUUGAUAUUACCAAAAAAAAAAAAAAA